AUGAAGAAGGUGAUAACAACAACAAAGCAAGCCACAACUGAAAUUCUGUCCAGGUCAGAAUUGGAGGGAACACGGUUUGGUUAUAUUGCGAACAAAUGGACCGCUCCUAUCUUGGACCCUAAUUCCAAGGAAUAUCCAAAUUUGACCACUGUGGUUAGAGUCCUGCAAGGUGACACAUAUGACCGGGCCCUCGAGAUGCAAGAUACCGGCAGCACCAGCGAUCCCAUGCCAAUAUGUGUUCUCAAUUUUGCCAAUGCCUUCACUCCCGGUGGGGGCUGGCUCAGAGGUGCUCGAUCCCAGGAGGAACAGAUCUGCUACCGAAGCACACUCAUUGAUACUCUCCAUACUCGGUUCUACCCAAUGGACGAUCUGGAGGCCCUCUAUUCACCCAAUGUGAUCGUUUUCCGAAAGAACGUGGACCACAAGUUUAGCUUCAUGUCGGCAGUCGAUGAGCUACACCUGAACCCCACUGUCAGUGUCAUCAGCAUGGCAACACGGAACAAGCCUAGAUUGACCGCUAAUGGUACCACGUACGUGGACCCGGCCCAGCGAUAUCUCAUGAUAUCCAAGAUGCAAUUGAUUCUACGCACGGCAGCCAACAAUAAUCACCGCCGCUUGGUCCUCGGUGCCAUUGGUUGUGGAGCCUUUUGCCAUCCCACCCAGAAAGUGGCUGACUGCUGGUACAAGGUUCUCAUGAAACAAGAGUUUAAGGGUUGGUUUGAGCAGAUUCACUUUGUAAUUAGAGACUCUGCCACUGAGAAAAAUCUCCAGAUUUUUAGAGAGACAUUGUAUGGGUUGAGCAUUUGA